AAUGUGGGAAACUACAAAGAAACCACCACUGACUGUACUUUUUGAGACAUUGUUAAGAUACCCCGAAAGUUAAAAAAAGAAGAAGAUCAGCAAAGGGUUUUGAUGCUAUUGAUUGAAUCAUUCUUCAAUGGCUCGGCCAUCAUGGUUAGUUGACAGUAGGAGGAUUGCAACAAAAAUUAAGAGUGCAUCAGGUGAUCCUGGAACAGUGAAUUGGAAGAGCAACCCUACUAAAGCUUGCCCUAAUUGCCAGUUUAUCAUUGACAAUAAUGACGUCAGCCAUGACUGGCCAGGAUUGCCAAGAGGUGUAAAAUUUGAUCCAACUGAUCAAGAGAUUAUUUGGCACUUACUUGGAAAAGUCGAAGGCGGUGAUCGGAAUUCCCAUCCUUUUAUUGAUGAGUUCAUUCCAACUGUUGAUGAGGAUGAUGGUAUCUGCUAUACACAUCCUCAAAAUUUACCCGGUGUUAAGCAGGAUGGAAGUGUCUCACACUUCUUUCACCGAGCAAUUAAGGCUUAUAAUACAGGAACACGUAAGCGUAGGAAAAUACAUGGUGAUAAUUCUGGCGAUGUCCGCUGGCAUAAGACUGGUCGCACAAAACCUGUUAUCUUAGAUGGAAUCCAAAGAGGGUGUAAGAAGAUUAUGGUUCUUUAUAUAAGCCCAUCUAAGGGUGGGAAAGCCGAGAAGACAAAUUGGGUGAUGCACCAGUAUCACCUUGGAACUGGGGAAGAUGAAAGGGAAGGGGAAUAUGUUGUGUCUAAAGUAUUUUAUCAGCAGCAGCAAGUCAAGCAGGGCGAAAAAACUGAACAAGAAUUCCCCGAGGAUUCCGAAUGUCUGGUUGCUAAAGUAGAUCCACAUACCCCAAAGUCUGUGACUCCUGAACCCCCUCGCGGUGAGAGACUAUCUUCAAGUAUGGAUGCAAGACAGCAAAUUGCUGCUUCUAGCAUCAGUCCCAUUAACCAGUAUCAUGAGGUGGAGGAUUACAUAGGAGAUGAUAUGAGAGCUCUUCCUGGACAGACUCAGAAUCAAGACCAAAACAUUGAGAAUCAAAUCGAUGAAACUGGGACAAAAGUUGAGACCGAGACUGGCGAUGACCCGAAAUGGUGGGACAGCGAGUCACAAUAUUUGCUAGAUUCUCAACAACUUGUAGAAGGGCUAUCCUUAUGUGAUGAUCUUCUCGCGAGCCAGUCUCCAAAUAGGGACGGAAGUGAAGAUGACAAAGUGCAGAAAUGUAAACCAAGUCUUGCUGAUUAUGCUCGUUUAGGACCAGAGGAUCUGAAGAAGGAUUUGGAGGAGUGCCAACAGUUCGUUUCUGAUCCAGCCAACAUAGAGAUCGACACGCCACCUGAUUUCCGACUUAGUCAACUUGAGUUUGGAUCACAGGACAGUUACAUUGCCUGGGGCGGAAACAAGUAUGGUUUUGAUUCCGCGGAGCAAAAUGGUUGAAAUCAAAAUUCAUCGAAUGCUGUCAAGAUUGCUAAUCCUUAGGCAUCAGAUUUUUGUCAAGCUUGUGGUAAAACUGUGUGUACUGCAAGUUAACAGAAACUAUUACUUGAUGCAACUUACUGUUUUGUAACCAUUCGCGGCAAUGCCUUAAAGGCACGUUAAGGCUUUUUGUGCAAGAUCGUUCGUUGAACGUUCUUGAUUUCUGGUAACCUUGUACAUAAGGUUUAUUUCUACUAUUUCCUAUGCAAGUUUACAACUGUUUGCCUGCUCA